AUGGAAAUGCGCUGGAUAUGGGCUUUCAUAUCACUGCUGUCGGUGUCUUUCGCGGCUACAGUUCGCGGCCGUCUCGAUUUAGGCCCGCAACUCAAUAUUACCAGGGCCACCGUGUCGAGGGUCCACUUCUGGCUACACCAGAUAGGCAAUUACUCUGAGGGACACGGCUACUCGUCAGAAACACAACUGAACGAUUUGGAUGGUAAUUUCCAAUUCGAAAACAUACCUCUAAACCCGGGACUCAAUGCAACAACUCAUUUCGUCAUGUAUUCGAGCUCAAUGGACUUCAAUCUGAAGCCAAAUCGGAUACUCAUUACUUUCACCAACUUGGACGAGCAAGGGGAAGCGUACGAUGUCAAGGCCCACAGGAAUGUGUUUGGGAAAGAGUUCUUUCCCUCGCCAGAUAUAGCAUAUCCCGAAGAGCUGGAACAGAUUGAAGUAAGCCCUUACAUAAAGAUCGCUCCGAUCAGCGCGGCGCCCAUGCGAGUGUACUACCAGCAAAGAAAUAAGGGAAUUUUACAAAGCGGACCACUAGCAAAGUUGUUCGACACUCGCUGGAAGCAAGCAGGUGUGAUCACUCUGAUAGCACUUGUGGUUUUCCCAAUCGUGCUCGAGAAGCUGGACCCAGAGACUGCAAAGGCUGUGAAAGAGGAGCAGCAGAGGAGGCAAAGGCUCAAAUACGCAGCCAAGGAAGAAUGA